GUAGCGCCGCUCUAGCCCACUCCUGAGCUCGGUGGUGGAUGCCGCAGCUCCGCGUGUCCCACGCCUCCUCCUAUCGCAGACUUCAGGAGCGACCCUUGUACCCCUCUGUCCUGAACCCUGAGCCGGGACAAUGCACGGACGACUGAAGGUGAAGACAUCGGAAGAGCAAGCUGAGGCCAAAAGGCUAGAGCGGGAACAGAAACUGAAGCUGUAUCUGCAAGCCACGCAAGCUGUCUUCCAGAAGCGCCAGGCUGGCGAGCUGGAUGAGUCAGUGCUGGAAUUAACAAGCCAGAUUCUAGGAGCCAACCCUGACUUUGCCACCCUCUGGAAUUGCCGGCGAGAGGUGAUCCAGCAGCUGGAAACCCAGAAGUCCCCAGAGGAGCUGGCUGCUCUGGUAAAGGCAGAACUGAGAUUCCUGGAGAGCUGCCUGCGGGUGAACCCCAAGUCCUAUGGCACGUGGCAUCACCGCUGCUGGCUGCUGAGCCGCUUGCCUGAGCCCAAUUGGGCCCAGGAGCUGGAGCUGUGUGCCCGUUUCCUCGAGGUCGAUGAGCGGAACUUUCACUGCUGGGACUAUCGACGGUUUGUGGCUGCCCAAGCAGCUGUGCCCCCGGCAGAGGAGCUAGCCUUCACUGACAGCCUCAUCACCCAAAACUUCUCCAACUACUCCUCCUGGCACUACCGCUCCUGCCUCUUGCCCCAGUUGCACCCCCAGCCAGACUCUGGACCACAUGGGCGCCUCCCUGAAGAUGUACUGCUCAAAGAGCUGGAGCUGGUACAGAACGCCUUCUUCACAGACCCCAAUGAUCAGAGUGCUUGGUUCUAUCACCGCUGGCUCCUGGGCCGAGCUGACCCCCAGGAUGCCCUGCGCUGCGUCCACGUUAGCCGGGAUGAGGCCUGUCUGACUGUCUCCUUCUCUCGGCCCCUCCUAGUGGGCUCUGGGAUGGAGACCUUGCUGCUUAUGAUUGAUGGGUCUCCUCUGGCUGUGGAGUGGAGGACCCCAGAUGGCAGGAACCGGCCCAACCACAUCUGGCUCUGCAACCUGCCCACCGCCUCCCUCAAUGACCAGUUGCCCCAACAUACGUUUCGUGUCAUUUGGACAGCAGGCGAUGCUCAGAAGGAAUGUGUACUGUUGAAAGGCCGCCAGGAGGGCUGGUACCGGGACUCAGCAACAGAUGAGCAGCUGUUCAGGUGUGAGCUGUCAGUGGAGAAGUCCACGGUGCUACAGUCUGAACUUGAGUCGUGUAAGGAGCUGCAGGAACUGGAACCUGAAAACAAAUGGUGUCUCCUCACCAUCAUCCUGCUGAUGCGGGCACUGGACCCCCUGCUGUACGAGAAGGAGACGCUGCAAUACUUCCAGACCCUCAAGGCGGUGGACCCGAUGCGGGCUGCAUACCUAGAUGACCUGCGCAGCAAGUUUCUGCUGGAGAACAGCGUGCUCAAGAUGGAGUAUGCUGACGUGCGUGUGCUGCACCUGGCUCACAAGGAUCUCACAGUGCUCUGCCACCUGGAGCAGCUGCUCUUGGUCACUCAUCUUGACUUGUCACACAAUCGUCUCCAAGUCUUGCCCCCUGCUCUGGCUGCUCUGCGCUGCCUUGAGGUGCUGCAAGCCAACGAUAACGCCAUCGAGUCUCUGGAUGGUGUCACUAACCUGCCCCGCUUACGGGAGCUCUUGCUGUGCAACAACCGCCUCCAGCAGCCCACAGCACUCCAGCCACUUGCCUCCUGCUCUAAACUGGGCCUCCUCCACCUGCAGGGCAACCCCCUGUGCCAAGCAGCAGGCAUCUCGGAGCAGCUGGCCGAACUGCUGCCUUUAGUGAGCAGCAUCCUCACCUAAGAGGAUGCCUCUCACCUUUACCCUUAACUUAUUGAGACUGAAUAAAGAAUGAAGAGACCCC